AUGCUGUCAUUACUAUUACCAUCAAAUGAUUCAGCUGAAAAACACAAUCUAUAUACUAACUAUGGGUAUACAUUUGAAACAGUUUUAGAUAUACUAACAUCAAAUAGUGAAUUACAUGUAAUAAAAUCAAUAAAAACAGGUGAAAUUUUUAUUUCAAAAGUGUAUGACAUAUAUGGUAUUAGUGAAAAUGAUUUAAGUAAAUAUAUGAAUGAACUUUACAUAAUGAAGAAAUUAGAAAACUGUGAGAAUGUUGUUAAAAUUGUUGAUUUUAUUAAAAAAAAUGAUUCGCUUUCUUUAAUAUUAGAAUUUUGUAGUCAAGGUGAUUUACAUUCAGACAUCUUAAGAAGAAAGUUGAACAAUGAAAUUUACACAGAAAGUGAAAUUUUUAACAUUUUAAAUCAAAUUUUAAAUGGAUUAAGUUCAAUUCAUAAAAGUGGAAUAAUUCAUGGUGAUUUAAAAAGUACAAAUAUUUUUAUAAAAGAUGAUAAAAUAAAAAUAGGAGAUUUUGGUAUAUCACAAAUAGGAACAAAUAACAACUUAGGAACUUUAAAUUUUUUAAGUUAUGAAUCAAUUAAAUUUAGAAGAACAAAUAAAUUGAGUGAUUUAUUUCAAGUGGGUUGUAUUUUAUUUGAAUUAGCUACAUUAUCUUCACCAUUUUCAGCAAAAAAUAUGAGUGAAAUGAUUUCGUUAUUUGAAGAUAAAAACUAUAAAAAUUACAUUGUUAAAAGUAUUUCAUCAUUUUAUUCAAAAAAACUAGUUAACAUUAUUUCGAAGUUAUUAUCACUAAAUACUUUAGAAAGAUUAGAAGCAAUCACUAAUUAUAAUUUAAACAAGUGUAAAAAUACAAACUUAGAAGUUUUAAAUAGAAUAGAAUGUAUAGCUGCAUAG